GUGGGAUGAAUUUUAAUACUGAGAGCAGUGAUGAGCUUUAGAAUCUUCGCAGAGGGAGCAUGAGUGGAAGAGUGCAACUUUUCUCAAAGGCAAUGGUUAGCUGGUUCUAUAAAUACUACCUUGAAGACCCCACUAAAGCAGCAUCCUCUUGGAACAAGAUUGUCCUCCCAAGAUUGCUGCUUUAUAUUUCCUUUGGGGAAGGGAAGUAAAGUGAAGGUAGUGUGUCUUGAGUCCUGAACUGGCCUUCCCAGGAGUAGCUUAAUCUCCAUAGCAUCUAUUGCGAUUUCUCCCUUUUGGUAGAGAGAGACCAAAUUUACCUUUUCACCUUGUGGCAUCUUCCUUUUGGUCCCUUCAAUUUGCUGGAGAGGAGGUGUUUCCGGAGCUUUUCGCCUCUCUUUCUUUCCCCCUGCUUUUGCUCCUUGGAUUGCGGUGGUGGCGUUUUCUCGUGCAAAGUGGGAUCUGGUCUUUCCUGGAUUUUUGUUUAAGAUCUUUCUGAGACCUUCAGCUGCUGCAGAUUUUAGUGUGAAGUCUGGUGUUUGGAAGCUCGGUGCGCUCCCCUGAGGGAUCAAAAUUGGAUUUUGGCUUCCUGGUUGUUCUACUUCCAAGAAUCUGGUGCUAAGGUUUCUGGGGUUAUGUGUUGCUGACCAAGUCCUUGAGUUCUCAUAUGCAAUUUCCUUUUCAGUUUUCCUGUUCCAAAGUUUCGAUUUUGUAUAUGGUUUUCGUUCUUUGUUCUCGUUUUAGCUUUGAUUUCUUUGGAAAUUAUGUGGUAUCUGUUCUUCAGUAGAUUUUUUGGCUUGCGUUCUUGUAAUCCACUGCUCUUUUGUUGUAGUUGUUGGCUUAAGCAAUGGAGUCCUUCCAAUCCCUUCCACCAACCAUCAAUUCCCUGACCGCAAUCACGGAGGCAGCGAAGCCGAGGCCGGAAUCUGUCGUCGUGAGCUCCAACAAUUCCACUGACGACGUUUAUCCUAAAGAAUCCAUUGGCUUUCUUGAAGUCUUCGUUCAUCAAGCCCGCGACAUCCACAACAUCUGCAUCUACCACAAGCAAGAUGUUUAUGCUAAGCUUUGCCUCACCAGCAACCCCGAGGUCACAGUCUCGACUCAGACGAUUAACGGCGGUGGCCGGAACCCUGUCUUCAACCAGACUCUUCGGCUGGAUGUGCGAAACGUCGACUGUUCGCUGAAAUGUGAGAUAUGGAUGCUCAGCAGGGUCAAGAACUAUCUCGAAGACCAGUUGCUCGGAUUUGCUCUGGUGCCCCUUUCAGACCUGCUGCUAGCCAACGGCAAGCUGGUGAAGGAAUUCUCGCUCUCGUCAACUGAUCUCUUCCACUCUCCUGCCGGUUUCGUUCAGUUGUCGCUCUCUUAUGUUGGGGCUUCGCCGGAAGUCAUGGCAAUUCCAGCACCUCCAAAAUCAUCGAUCCCCGAUACUACUUUGCCGGAUGCAGAACAUGAAGACCCAAUUCCUUGUGACUUUGAGAAAAUUGAGUUUCCUGACUUGCAAGUUGACAACGAGAAUCAGCUGAUGGUUUCCGAGUAUUUUGGAAUCCAAUGCACCAGCAUGGAAACUCAGAGCUCAGAUAGCUUUAUAACCGUGGAGAGCGGCAACUGUCCUGAUGAGGAAGCAGGGGUUCGCAUUGUAGAGAGCUUCUCUGCUGCUAAUAGUCAUGAUUCUUCUGUAGCUUUAAAGCAUGACACUCCCGUAAGCAGUUUCUCCACCACUGAGUCACCUGUGGUGCUCCCAGCCACAUCUCAAUCUACCUCCGAUCCAUUGUCAUCCAUAGUGUCUCUGAGCCCGAAAGGUAAAACUUCAGAUGUUAUGGAGGGUGAGGCUGAUUCUUCUGGAGGGACAUCAAAUGGUGCACUCUUGAAGCCUAUUAUCAGCAUAAACAUUGAACCGGAGCAACCAGUUGUUCAGCAGGAUAUUGUCGAUAUGUACAUGAAGAGCAUGCAGCAGUUCACAGAGUCAUUGGCCAAGCUGAAACUUCCUAUGGAUAUCGACAACGAUAAUGCAGCUACAGCAAAUGGUAACUCAGGCUCUACUGCAGAAAAUGGCAGCUCAGGCUCUGACAAGUUGCUGCCAACACCGAAGGGGACUGGUUCUAGAGUUUUUUAUGGAAGCAGGGCUUUCUUCUGAACUUAUGCGCUAAGUAAUAUGGGUGACUCUACCGUUUGCAUUUUAACUAGUCAGUUUAGUUCUAAGCAGUGAACAACAACACCUUUCUGUAUGUUGUCAAGUAUCAUCAGACAAUAAAAGUUGACUUGUUCAGAUGACAAACUCUGUUUUCCCAUAAUUCUAGUGUAUCUGUUGUUGUCUUA